AUGUCGUCUGCAGAGAAGAAACAAUCGUUCAAAAACAAUUAUUUGAUAAAAACAAAGAUGCUGACAUCUUGUGGUCGUUUUAUAACUAGGGGAGCAUAUAAGGGUCGUAUUGGUAACCAAAUGUUUCAAAUAGCAUCUUUGCUUGGCACAGCUCAUAAAUAUGACAUUUUGCCUAUCAUACCAGAAAAUUAUCCAAUAAAUAAAUACUUUGAUCUUCCUAACAGGAUACCCUUAGAUUCUAAUGAGCUUUUAAAUAUAGUUAAAUGCGAAGCAUUGAAGUCUGCAGUUUACUACAACUGUUCAAGAGAAAUAAAAUCUGGAAAAAAUAUCACAAUGCUUGGGUACCUUCAGUCAUGGAAAUAUUUCUAUGGAGCAUAUGACAUCAUUAAAUAUGUGUUUAGGUUAAAAGAAAAGUAUUUGCUUCAAGCAAAAAAGUUUUUGUCUCGAGUUUCACUGACUGGAUAUAAACGUGUAUGCAUCCAUGUUCGACGAGGAGAUAUUACUAGCAAUAAAAAACAAACUAUUGGUUAUGCUAUUGCUGAUAUGAAAUUUAUUGAAAAAGCAAGGGAGUUUUUUAAAAUGAGAUAUUUAAAGGUACAAUUUUUUGUCGUCACUAAUGAUAAGAAAUGGUGUAAAAGAAAUAUUAAAGAUGCUAAUAUAAGUACUCUGUCUGAUCCUGGUGAGGACCUUGCUUUAAUGACUUUAUGCGACAACGUUGUUGUUACAACAGGAUCAUUUGGAUGGUGGGGUGCGUGGCUUUCAGGAGGGACUUCUGUCUAUUUUGAUCAAUAUCCAAAGACCGGUAGCGUAUUAGCUGCACGAUUUAAUCGUGACGAUUAUUAUCCCCAAGACUGGAUAGGUUUAUCAUAG